AUGUGCAUGAUUGAUUUGAGCAGCGACGAGGCCGCUGCCCCGGAUGGAGCUUUGAGCAAGAUGAGGGAGUAUAUAAAGGCAAAGAUGGCUUCUCAGCUGCCUCCGUCAUGGAGAUCGGUUCCUCGCUGCCGCCGCCGCCGCUCCACCACCGCCGACCCGGCGGCUGCCUCCGUCCCCGCCGUCUCACCACCACCGCGUCCACUUCUUGCGACCCGCCUCUCCACCGCAGCAGGGACCAGCGCCCGCCUCUCUACUCGCAGUAGGGGCCGGCCGACGACGAGCUCUUCACUCCACAGUAGGGGCCGUCGCGGACGACGAGCUCUUCGGCCGCUCGAUGGACACGCCACUGGCGACGGUUUGCUAGGUUUCGCUGCCAAGAGUAUUUCGCUGGUUCAUCAUCAAGGUUUGCUAGGUUUCGCUGCCAAGAGUAUUUCGCUGGUUCAUCAUCAAGGUUUGCUAGGUUUCGCUGCCAAGAGUAUUUCGCUGGUUCAUCAUCAAGGUUUGGUAGGUUUCGGUGCCAAGAGUAAUUCGCUGGUUCAUCAUCAAGGUUUGGUAGGAUUCGGUGGCUACAGUAAUUCGCUGGUUCAUCAUCGAGGAGGCAUUUCACAAAUUCAUUGGACAGAGAGUGUCAAUCUUCUGUCUUGUCGAACGUAAGACCGACAACCCUGGUGUUUCUCUCCAAGUAGGCCUUCCCAUGUUUGGCGAACUUUGCUUCAGAGGGUGUUCUCUCCAUUCAGUGUCCCCCACUCGAUUCCUUGUUGGGCAUGUAGCCACCACAGGUGCAACCGGAGCAGCUGCCUUCCCUACGGCUGACCUUCCAAGUGUGAAGUUCCUUUCAGUUUUUACUCUUGGAAAUAGAGAGAACCCAGCUUCACAGCCACUACUUGGAAGGUGCAAAACCUUGAGUUUCAUUGUUCUUACUUCAGACAUUUGGGUUUCUUGUUGGACGACCCAUACCAGCACAAGACGCAAGCAGCAGUGAACCAAAG